AUAUCCUAAUUUCAGCCUUGGUGCUCGAACUGGAAGCAUCCCUACAUUAUCUGUUUCUCUGGAUAAAGAAUCAUAUUAGUCGUUAAUCUAUCAAAGCUUUUGAUGCGACAGGACACGAUGAAGACCCUGGUCCUCCUGGCUCUCCUGGGAAUAGGUCUGCAUGGCACAGCAGCAGCGACUCACUCUCUGAAGUAUUUCAACACUGGAUCUUCUGGAGUCCCAAACUUCCCAGAGUUUGUGGCUGUUGGGUUGGUUGAUGAAGUUCAGAUCAUUCACUAUGACAGUAACACCAUGAAAGCAGAACCCAAACAGGACUGGAUGAGCAGAGUCACAGCAGAUGAGCCUCAGUACUGGGAGUGGCAGACUGGGAACUGGGUGGGUGACCAGCAGGUCUUCAAAGCCAACAUUGAAACUGCAAAGCAGCGCUUCAACCAAACUGGAGGUGACCACAUUUUCCAGUGGAUGGUUGGCUGUGAGUGGGAUGAUGAGACUGGAAAGGUUGAUGGUUUCACUCAGUUUGGUUAUGAUGGAGAAGACUUCAUAGCAUUUGACCUGAAGACAGAGACAUGGAUCGCUCCAAAACCACAGGCUGUCAUCACCAAACAGAAGUUGGAUCAUAACAAAGUUUUGAUCGCACAGAACAAGAACUACCUCACCCAGGAGUGCAUUGAGUGGCUGAAGAAGUAUUUGGACUGUGGGAGGAGCUCUCUGCUGAGAACAGAGCUUCCCUCAGUGUCUCUCCUCCAGAAGACUCCCUCCUCUCCAGUCAGCUGCCACGCUACAGGUUUCUACCCUGACAGAGCCGUGAUGUUCUGGAGGAAAGAUGGAGAGGAGUUUCAUGAGGAGGUGGAGCACGGAGAGAUCCUCCACAACCACGAUGGAUCCUUCCAGAUGAGUGUUGACCUGAAACUUUCAUCAGUCACACCUGAAGACUGGAGGAGGUACGACUGUGUGUUUCAUCUCUCUGGUGUAGAGGGCGACGUCGUCACCAGACUGGACAAAGCAGUGAUCAGGACCAACUGGGCAGGGAAGCCCAGUGACAUGAACCUCAUCAUCAUUGCUGCAGUGGUUGUUUUUUUUCUCGUCCUCAUCGCUGUGAUUGGAUUCAUCAUUUAUAAAAAGAAGAAUGCCAAAUAUGCUCAACCCUCUAAAUCUCCUCCACAUGAGUCAGAGAUUCCUUCAAGUAAUCCUUCUACAGAAACUGAACAGAGCAACACACCAUUGAUGAAAGAUUUGACGACUUCAUCUGAUACUUUGAUGAGCAUAUCAGGGUCAGAGACUUCUUCAAGUAGUUCUUCUGAUUCUUCUAGAGAAAGUCUAACCAGCGCCAGACCACUGAUCAAAGCUCUGGUCACUAGUCUCGAGGACAGAAGCACUCCCGCGAGGAAACAGAAGCCAAAACAGCUGGACCAGCUCGGUCGUUUACUCACACGUCUUUAUCAAAACAAGAUGAGCAAAUUAUUUUUGUUGCUUCUCUUCUGUCACGUUUCAUCACCAGUGAAACACUCCCUGAAGUUUUUCGUAACUGCAUCUUCUGGAGUCUCAGACUUCCAGGUUGUGGGUACAGCACAGUUUGAUGGCGUUCAGACGUUUUACUGCGACAGCAACAAAAAGAUAUUAGAAAGAAAACAGGACUGGAUGAAAAAAAUGUUCGAAUAUGAUCCUCAGCGGUACACCCAAGAGUGUUUUGAGAAUGUGCCAAACUUCUUCAAAACCACGAUUCAUAGUUUGAAGCAGGACUUGAACCAAAGUGGAGGUGUCCAUGUUUUACAGAGGAUAUGUGGCUGUGAGUGGGAUGAUGAGACUGGAGAGGUUAAUGGUUUUAUGCAGUAUGGUUAUGAUGGAGAAGACUUCAUAUCAUUCGACCUGAAGACAUUGACAUGGAUCGCUCUGAAACCACAGGCUGACAUCACCAAACUGAGAUGGGAUGCUGACAAAGCUAGAAUAAAAUACAAUGAGAAUUACCUCACUGAGAUUUUCCCUGAGUGGCUGAAGAAGUAUGUGGCCUUUGGGAAGAGCUCUCUGCUGAGAACAGAGCUUCCCUCAGUGUCUCUCCUCCAGAAGACUCCCUCCUCUCCAGUCAGCUGCCACGCUACAGGUUUCUACCCUGACAGAGCCGUGAUGUUCUGGAGGAAAGAUGGAGAGGAGCUUCAUGAGGAGGUGGAGCACGGAGAGAUCCUCCCCAACCACGAUGGAUCCUUCCAGAUGAGUGUUGACCUGAACCUUUCAUCAGUCACACCUGAAGACUGGAGGAGGUACGACUGUGUGUUUCAGCUCUCUGGUGUGAAGGACGACAUCGUCACCAGACUGGACAAAGCAGUGAUCAGGACCAACUGGGAGAAGCCCAGUGACAUGACCGUCUCCAUCGUUGCUGCAGUGGUUGUUCUUGUUCUCGUCCUCAUCGCUGCCGCUGGAUUCAUUGUUUACAAAAGGAAGAAAGCCAAAUGCCCUCCAUCUCCUCCUGACAACGGCUCUGAGCUCUCUGAGAGACUGAAUCAGAGACCUGAAUGACAAACAAACUGAAUGAGUUUCCUCUUAUGGGAUGAACAAAGUAAACACUUUGACAUGUGUCACAUUAUAUAGCUUUACAGAAGUAAAAGAUACUAACAGAUGGCUUCCUGCAACAAGAAGUAAUAGUUAUGAUUUAUGUGCUUUAUAUGUAAAUGUUAAAUGUAAGUUUAUUUCACAUUACAAAUUUAAAAUUGAAAUUCUAAAUCUGUUUUAAAAAAUGUUGAUAGAUUUCUUUUCAGGAAUCUUUAUUAGGGGUCCAAGCAGCAAAGCCCUAAAAGUAUCUGGGGCUCAGAAACUAUAACAGCUACAGUUCCCAAACCCAGCAGCUGCUCCUCCUACACAUUUUGAGCAAUCGACAUCAUAUUUUUCACAUAGCAUAUCUGGACCAAUCCAGGAAAAAGAAAAAAUAGAAUUUUUUAUAUUUGGACGGUUUGGAUGUGCUGACAUUUUUGCAUCACUGCAACCUAUGGUUGAAUCCGUUACUCUUAUUUUUCAAAAUAUGCAAAAUCAAGUAACAUCUAUAUCUCCACAAGUCUUCAUUCAAAUGCUACCAAAAUUAACACAGACAUUCUCUGGAUGGUAGAUAUCAUGGUGUCAAACAGUGAGUCCACAGUGAUAUUCAAUAUCUUGCUGUAAUUUGUACUGCAUGCACAACAUUUUCUUUUUUGCUCAGUGUUGGAUCAAAUGUCACCGAAAUAUUUGACAAUACACCCGAAACCAGCAGAAUGAUGUAUGAUUUUUUUCAGAAGUUUCUCACCAACAUUUUGACUGUUGUAAGUGUUUUAAGUUUAAACACAUGUGAUGUCAUUGCCUCAACAUGUAAGAAGGUUAGUGGAAACUACGCUCCCCAGUGGUGCAGUCACUAAUUCACCUUCUCUGGGGCUACAAAGGUCUGCGGUUCAAAUCCCCAGGCAGCGAAGUCCUACUUGCCAACAAUGUGGCAAUUCAUGCAUGUGGUGUGUUUUCAAGUGCUCACUGAGGUCAUAUCAGGUUGAAGGUUGCCUAUUGUGACCCCGUGAAAAUUUCUACUUGUUGUUGUUUUUUUCUCUGCUAAGAAGCGUUUGUGCAG